AGUAGCAGCUCUUGCCCAAGUCGGGUCAGCACCUCGCGCCAGUAACUGAUCAAGCCCAGGGUUCGCCCCGACUUGCCCCGGGGAUCUUGUCGCAUACGUGGAUGCGCAUCGCUGUGGUCACCUGCAGUGGGCGCGAGCUCGCGGCGCUGGAUGCCGACCCGUCAUGGCGGUUGCAGGACGUGCUCGCCGCGAUCGCCGAACCAGCCAGCACGCUUGGCUUCACUGGGGUCGGCGGGCCAAACGUGUCUUUCUGGGAGACGUCGAGCUGCGUGGGAGCACGACGCUGGCCGAUAUCGGAGCUGCGGACUGCUCCGACUUGACCGUGGUGGCCUCGCCCUCUCCCCUCGUGGCAUCUGGGUCGCAGGACGGGCUGGUGAGGAUCUGGUCCGCGGCCUCGGGCAGGUGCCUGCGCACGCUGCAGGGCCACCGAGGCCCCGUGCGGUCCGUGGGCUUCUCCCCCGACGGGCAGCUGGUGCUGACGGCCUCGGAGGACUGCACGUGCAGGCUCUGGUGCUCUGCCUCCGGGGAGUGCCUGCGCACGCUGGAGGGCCACCGGGACUGGGUGAGAUCCGCUGCCUUCUCGCCCGACGGGCAGGAGGUGCUCACGGCCUCCGACGACCGGACCGCGACGGUGUGGUGCGCUGCGACGGGGGAGUGCUCGCGCUCGCUGGUGGGGCACCGGCGGGCAGUGAUGUCCGCGGUGUUCUCGGGUGACGGGCGGGAGGUGUUGACUGCCUCGGACGACGGGACUGCAAGGAUCUGGUCGGCUGCUGCUGGGCAUAGCCUGCGCACACUGGAAGGCCAUCGAGGUUUUGUGAAGUCUGCAGUGUUCUCCCCGGUUGGGCGGGAGGUGCUGACUGCUUCUUCUGACGGGACGGCGAAGAUCUGGUCCGCCUCCUCGGGGGAGUGCCUGCGCAGCCUGGAGGGGCACAAAGACGUCGUGCGGUGCGCCGUCUUCUCGCCCGACGGGCGGGAGGUGCUGACCGGCUCGGACGACAUGACGGCGAAGGUGUGGUCGGCCGCUGCCGCAGAUUGCCUGCGCACGCUGGAGGGCCACUCGAGCUUCGUGCUCUGCGCCAGCUUCUCGCCGGACGGGCAAACGGUGCUGACGGGCUCGGCGGAUGGAACAUCACAGAUCUGGUCCGCCGCUUCCGGGGAGUGCCUGCGCACACUAUCUGGCUGCCUGCGGUCAGCCCCGCCACCGAGCCGGCGC